GGAGGAGGGCACAGAUUAUUGAUCAGUGACACCAAUGCAGUCACUGUGGUGAUGAAGGCCUUGCUGAGGAGACAUGUGGAUGAGCUACGUAAACGAAAAACCAUGACAGGAUGUCACUUCUCUGCCGGGAGUCCUUGCUUGUGCACUGUUGGGUCAUCGCCGCUUCUCUGCCUUCAGCUUGAAGUCAUGAUACUUCUACAUCUACUCUGAGAAGAGUUUCAUCCCUGGAACAAACUGAUGAGUUGAACAUUUGUUUGAAGAUGGAUUAUUUUUUACUCGAGGCAGAAAUCAUCUCUUCUACAGAAUGAAACAACGACACCAAACAACUGCAGGAUCUUUUAACCAUUGUAGUGACUGUUUGACUGAGGUUGUCUGACGGGAUGCAGAUGGACGGACAACAACACUCAUUUACCAAAAAGUCAAUCUGGUUUUGGGUGAGCUGACCUUCCAUGCCUGAGAUGCAGACCUUCUACCACGCCACGCGUCGGCCCCCCAGCCUCUACCUGGAGCCCACCUUGAUGCAGAGACGUGUCCUGGAGGAGCAGGUGGAGCUGUGGUGGUUCAGAGAGCCGCGCCGCUCCUUGCUGUGUUACUGUGCCUCGGUGGCCCUCAUACUGGGACUGGGCCUCGGCGGCGUGGGGCUCCUCUCCACCACCACGAGCCUGUCCGGGGAGUGGCGACUCGGGGUGGGCACCACCCUCUGCCUCUUAGCCCUCGCUGUUCUACUCAAGCAGCUCCUCAGCUCUGCCAUCCAGGACAUGAACUGUGUGCGAAGCCGGCGCCGCAUCGACCAGCUGAAGAGCGGCGGGAGGGCUGACCCGGCGCUGAUUCUCGCUGUGGGGUUGGCAGUGACCCUCUGCGGGACGGUGCUGCUCUGUAUGGCCACAAUCGGCAGCAGAGGUUAUGACAGCAGGGAGAUGUUGGUGUCUGGGCUGGUGCUGAUGGCCGCUGGCGCCGGCAUGGCUCUGGCUGUGGUGGGCUACAGUGUGCUGGUCUACCUGAAGAGGCGGAGGGAGCAGAGGAGGAGGAGGAUGAUGAUGAUGAGGAUGAGCAGAGCGAGGAGGAUAGGGAGUCGAGCUGUCCGGGUGUUCAGUGUCUCAGGGGGACAGAUGAGUCAAGCCAGGAGAGAGACGUCCUCCAGCAGGAGCAGCCUGAUCUGAACAAACUUAAACAUGUUAAAGGAAAACAAAGUAGAAAAUUAAUGUCAUGUUAUUUGAGACGUCAUAGCUCUUUUGUUCCAGUCUUUGUGUUUCCAUUACCAUAAAACGGACGACUACCGAACGCCAUCAAAAGAAAACCUUCAAAAAAUUUGUACCAGAGCAACAAUCUCUGAGUCGUUAUGGUUGGAAAUAAACUCAGUAAGUUUUCAUAUCAAAUCAAAACAUUACUGCGGUGGAUGUUUUUUGUGAGUUCUGUUCCACGGACUCAAAGAACCAGGCCGCCGACUUGUAUUUGAAAACAGAUGAUGAUGGAAUUUCAAUCAAGCUGAAUUUAUUCACGAAUUACAUGUACAAAUAAAACGAUUCAGAACAAACACAAAAA